AUGCAACCUUGGGCGACCAUACGACGUUCUCUCAUUUCUCGGGCAUCUCAAAUCCGAAAUUUCUCUCGCACUUCAGUAUCUCUCAAUCAGUCCCUACCGUCUGCAUUGUCGGAUGGAGAGCAAAGCAUCUACGCGAAGCUGACGGAAAAGUUUUCCCCCAGUCAACUCCAAGUGCAGGACGUCUCUGGUGGUUGCGGUUCGUUUUAUGCCAUCACGAUCGCCAGUGAGGCAUUCAAGGGACUACCUAUGGUCAAACAACAUCGACUAGUCACGGACACACUCAAGAAAGAGAUAAGCGGUAUACACGGCCUUCAGAUAAAGACAAUCACGCAAUGA